AUGGCUCACGCAGCAUCACAGUUAAAGAAAACCAGGGAUUUAGAAAUUAAUGCUGAUGAAGAAACUGAGAAAAAAAGAAAACACAGGAAAAGAUCCCGGGAUCGGAAGAAAAAGUCUGACACAAAUGCAAGUUACUUAAGAGCUGCUCGAGCUGGCAACUUGGAAAAGGCUCUUGACUACUUAAAAAGUGGAGUGGACAUCAACAUUUGCAAUCAGAAUGGGUUGAAUGCUCUCCAUCUCGCUUCCAAAGAAGGGCACGUAGAAGUUGUCUCAGAACUGAUACAGCGAGGUGCCAAUGUGGACGCAGCGACAAAGAAAGGAAACACAGCAUUGCACAUAGCAUCCCUCGCUGGGCAAGCAGAAGUAGUCAAAGUGUUGGUUACAAAUCGAGCCAAUGUCAAUGCACAGUCUCAGAAUGGUUUUACCCCGUUGUAUAUGGCAGCCCAAGAAAACCACCUAGAAGUUGUUAAGUUUCUUCUUGACAAUGGUGCCAGUCAAAGCCUUGCUACAGAGGAUGGUUUCACGCCUUUGGCAGUAGCUUUGCAGCAAGGACACGACCAGGUGGUUUCACUGUUGCUUGAAAAUGAUACGAAGGGAAAAGUUCGUCUUCCUGCUCUCCACAUUGCUGCUCGCAAGGACGACACGAAGGCGGCGGCUCUGCUCCUGCAGAACGACCACAAUGCUGACGUGGAGUCAAAGAGUGGGUUCACUCCGCUCCACAUUGCUGCUCACUAUGGAAACAUCAACGUAGCUACAUUGCUGUUAAAUCGGGGUGCUGCUGUGGACUUCACUGCAAGGAAUGAUAUCACACCAUUACAUGUUGCAUCGAAGAGGGGAAAUGCAAAUAUGGUCAAACUCCUGCUUGAUCGAGGAGCUAAAAUUGAUGCCAAAACAAGGGACGGAUUGACCCCUCUCCACUGUGGAGCAAGAAGUGGCCACGAACAGGUUGUAGAAAUGCUGCUGGAUCGUGGUGCUCCUAUUCUUUCUAAAACCAAGAAUGGUUUGUCUCCGUUGCACAUGGCAACACAAGGGGAUCAUCUAAACUGCGUCCAGCUUCUGAUUCAGCACAACGUGCCGGUCGACGACGUCACCAAUGACUAUCUGACUGCGCUGCACGUUGCCGCCCACUGUGGCCACUACAAAGUUGCCAAGGUUCUCUUGGACAAGAAGGCGAACCCGAAUGCCAAAGCCCUGAAUGGUUUCACACCUCUUCAUAUUGCCUGCAAGAAGAACAGAAUAAGAGUAAUGGAACUUCUUCUGAAGCAUGGUGCGUCUAUCCAAGCUGUGACUGAGUCUGGGCUUACUCCGAUCCAUGUUGCUGCCUUCAUGGGACAUGUAAAUAUUGUAUCGCAGCUAAUGCAUCAUGGGGCAUCGCCCAACACUACCAAUGUGAGAGGAGAAACAGCACUGCACAUGGCUGCCAGAGCUGGCCAAACAGAAGUCGUUCGAUACCUAGUACAAAAUGGAGCUCAGGUGGAAGCUAAAGCUAAGGAUGACCAAACGCCCCUGCACAUUUCUGCUCGACUGGGAAAAGCAGAGAUAGUACAGCAGCUGCUACAGCAAGGGGCAUCUCCAAAUGCAGCUACAACAUCUGGCUAUACACCCUUGCAUCUUUCUGCUCGAGAAGGACAUGAAGAUGUUGCUUCUGUUCUUUUGGAUCACGGUGCAUCUUUAGCUAUCAUUACGAAGAAAGGAUUUACUCCUCUACAUGUGGCUGCAAAAUAUGGGAAAAUUGAAGUAGCCAACCUCCUGCUGCAGAAGAAUGCAUCUCCAGAUGCUGCUGGAAAGAGCGGUUUAACACCACUGCAUGUGGCUGCACACUACGAUAAUCAAAAAGUGGCACUUCUACUGUUGGAUCAGGGAGCUUCACCUCACGCAUCUGCUAAGAACGGCUAUACACCACUGCACAUAGCUGCCAAGAAAAACCAGAUGGACAUAGCAACUACACUGCUGGAAUAUGGUGCUGAUGCCAAUGCUGUAACCAGGCAGGGUAUUGCACCUGUACAUCUUGCCUCUCAGGACGGCCACGUGGACAUGGUGUCGUUGCUUCUUACUAGAAAUGCUAAUGUAAAUCUCAGCAACAAGAGUGGACUGACACCACUCCAUCUGGCUGCUCAAGAGGACAGAGUCAAUGUAGCGGAGGUUCUUGUUAACCAAGGAGCUGCUGUUGAUGCACAGACAAAGAUGGGAUACACACCUUUGCACGUUGGUUGCCACUACGGAAAUAUAAAGAUUGUUAACUUCCUUCUGCAACAUUCUGCGAAAGUCAAUGCCAAGACGAAGAACGGGUACACGCCGCUGCACCAGGCCGCGCAGCAGGGGCACACGCACAUCAUCAACGUCCUGCUCCAGAACGGCGCGGCGCCCAACGAGCUCACGGUGAAUGGAAACACUGCCCUUGCCAUUGCUAAGCGACUUGGCUACAUUUCAGUUGUUGACACACUGAAGGUGGUGACAGAAGAGACGAUGACUACAAUUACUGUUACAGAAAAGCACAAAAUGAAUGUACCCGAAACUAUGAAUGAAGUUCUUGACAUGUCUGAUGAUGAAGUUCGUAAAGCCAAUGCCCCUGAAAUACUCAGUGAUGCUGAAUAUUUGUCAGAUGUUGAAGAAGGUGAGGAUGCAAUGACAGGUGAUACAGACAAGUAUCUUGGACCACAGGACCUAAAAGAGCUGGGCGAUGAUUCUUUGCCUGCUGAAGGAUACAUGGGCUUCAGCCUCGGAGCCCGCUCCGCCAGCCUCCGCUCCUUCAGUUCGGAUAGGUCCUACACGCUGAACAGAAGUUCUUAUGCCCGAGACAGCAUGAUGAUCGAAGAAUUGCUGGUACCAGCAAAGGACCAGCACCUGACGUUCCCAAGGGAAUUUGACUCUGAUUCUCUCAGACACUAUAGCUGGGCUGCAGACACCUUGGACAAUGUUAACCUUGUCUCAAGUCCCAUCCAUUCUGGUUUCCUGGUUAGUUUUAUGGUCGAUGCACGUGGGGGUUCAAUGAGGGGUAGUCGCCACCAUGGAAUGAGAAUUAUUAUCCCACCGCGCAAGUGUACGGCACCGACCCGCAUCACCUGCCGCUUGGUAAAGAGGCAUAAGCUGGCCAGCCCCCCGCCAAUGGUGGAAGGAGAAGGAUUAGCGAGUAGACUCGUAGAGAUGGGGCCAGCAGGGGCACAGUUUUUGGGCCCCGUCAUAGUGGAAAUCCCCCAUUUUGGAUCAAUGCGAGGGAAAGAAAGAGAAUUAAUCGUACUUCGAAGUGAAAAUGGGGAAACGUGGAAGGAACACCAGUAUGACAGCAAACAUGAAGACUUAACUGAAAUACUCAAUGGCAUGGAUGAAGAGCUAGACAGUGUGGAGGAACUAGAGAAGAAACGUAUCUGCAGGAUCAUUACAAAGGAUUUCCCUCAGUACUUUGCAGUCGUUUCACGAAUCAAACAGGAGAGUAACCAGAUUGGCCCUGAGGGAGGGGUCCUGAGCAGCACAACGGUGCCCCGUGUCCAGGCGUCCUUCCCGGAGGGUGCGCUGACCAAGAGAAUUCGCGUGGGGCUCCAGGCUCAACCAGUUCCAGAGGAGAUUGUCAAAAAAAUCCUUGGAAACAAGGCAACUUUCAGUCCCAUUGUCACUGUGGAGCCAAGAAGAAGAAAAUUUCAUAAGCCCAUAACCAUGACAAUUCCCGUGCCACCUCCAUCAGGAGAAGGUGUAACCAAUGGGUACAAAGGAGACACGACACCCAGCCUUCGACUUCUAUGUAGCAUUACAGGAGGUACUUCACCUGCGCAGUGGGAGGAUAUCACAGGCACCACUCCGCUGACAUUUACGAAUGACUGUGUCUCAUUCACAACCAAUGUUUCAGCCAGGUUUUGGCUUGCAGACUGCCAUCAAGUACUAGAAACUGUUGGGCUGGCUACACAGCUUUACAGGGAAUUAAUAUGUGUUCCUUAUAUGGCAAAGUUUGUGAUAUUUGCCAAAAUGAAUGACCCUGUGGAAUCCAAUUUGCGUUGCUUCUGCAUGACCGAUGACAAAGUGGACAAAACUUUGGAGCAACAAGAGAAUUUUGAAGAAGUUGCAAGAAGCAAAGACAUUGAGGUUCUGGAAGGAAAACCUAUUUAUGUUGAUUGCUAUGGAAAUUUGGCCCCUUUGACUAAAGGAGGACAGCAGCUUGUUUUUAAUUUUUAUGCUUUCAAAGAAAAUAGACUGCCAUUCUCUAUCAAGGUAAGAGACACCAGCCAGGAACCUUGUGGUCGUUUAUCGUUUUUGAAAGAACCAAAGACUACAAAAGGACUGCCACAAACAGCUGUCUGCAACUUGAAUAUCACUCUUCCAGCACACAAAAAGGAAACAGAGUCAGAUCAAGAUGAUGAGACGGAGAAGGCUGACCGGCGUCAGAACUUUGUCUCCCUGGCUUUACGUAAGCGCUACAGCUAUCUGACUGAGCCUGGAAUGAUUGAACGGAGUGCAGGAGCAACAAGAUCCCUACCUGCUACUUACUCAUACAAGCCAUUCUUUUCAACACGGCCAUAUCAGUCAUGGACAACAACUCCAAUUACAGUGCCUGGGCAAACCAAAUCAGGCUUCACUUCCUUAUCAAGCUCUUCCUCUAACACUCCUACAGCUUCCCCAUUAAAAUCAAUAUGGUCUGUUUCUUCUGCUUCUCCAAUCAAAUCCACAUUAGGAGCUUCUACUACAUCUUCGGUUAAAUCUGUUAGUGAUGUAGCAUCUCCAAUUAGAUCAUUUCGGACAAUCUCUUCACCGAUAAAAACUGUGGUAUCGCAGCCUCCAUACAAUAUACAGGUUACAUCAGGCUCUUUCGUCAGAGCUCCCACAGUACCAGAAGCUGCUGGUCUAAAAGGGCUGGCAUCCACUACCACAUUCCCCUCUCGGACAUCUCCAGUGACUACAGCAGGGUCUCUCUUGGAGAGAUCAUCCAUAACCAUGACGCCUCCAGCAUCCCCCAAAUCCAACAUUAACAUGUACUCUUCAAGUUUACCACUUAAAUCGGUCAUCACAUCAGCAUCCUCACUUUUAUCGUCCCCUCUAAAGUCAGUGGUGUCACCCACUAAGACAGCAGUUGAUGCUGUUUCAUCUUCUAAAGUCAUGAUGGCCUCGUCUCUCUCGUCGCCAGCGAAACAUGUAGCUGGGCACACAGAUGUACCAUUGCUUAAUGGAUCUGUGUCACCUCUGAAAUACCCAUCUCCUGCCAACUUAAUAAAUGGAUCCAAAGCUGCAGCUGUUUUUCAGGACAAGAUCACUGCAGCUGCACACUCUGCAAGUUGCGCUGCUAAUGCAGUUGCUGACACAGCUGAGAGAGUGUUUUCAACCGCUACGACAAUGUCAUUCUCUCCACUCAGGUCAUUUGCGUCUUCAGCACCCUCAGCUUUUCAGUCAAUAAGAACUCCUCCUGCAGGUGCUCUGUAUACAGCCCUUGGGUCAAUAUCUGCAACUACCUCAUCAGUAACUUCAUCAACAAUAACGGUGCCGGUAUAUUCUGUAGUCAAUGUUUUGUCUGAACCAGCAUUAAAGAAGUUUCCAGAGUCGUCUUCGCUUACAAAAUCAGCUGCUGCAUUACUGUCACCCAUUAAAACAUUGACCACUGAGGCACGCACUCAGCCUUCCUUUAAUCGAACUUCAUCUCCAAUAAAAUCAUCCUUGUUUUUAGCACCCUCUACUCUUAAGUUGUCCACGCCAUCUUCUUUAUCCUCCAGUCAGGAGAUAUUGAAAGAUGUUGCUGAAAUGAAGGAGGACCUAAUAAGAAUGACUGCAAUAUUGCAGACAGAUAUCACAGAGGACAAACCAUUCCAACCUGAGAUAUCAAAAGAGGGUAGAAUUGAUGAUGAAGAGCCCUUUAAAAUUGUUGAGAAAGUAAAAGAGGACUUAGUAAAAGUUAGUGAGAUACUGAAAAAAGAUGUGUGUUUAGAAAGUAAAGGGUCGGCUAAAGUAUCCAAAAGUGAUCAAGGACACCUGUCUGAGGAUGACUGGGUAGAGUUCAGUACAGAGGAGAUUGAUGAAGCAAGACAGCAAGCUUUGACAAGUCCUCCUAUAUCUGUUCCAGAGAAGGUCCAAAUUAAAACUAAAACGAUGUCAGAAAAGGAUUAUAACUUGUCAAAAGUUAUUGAUUACUUAGCAAAUGAUAUUGGUAGUAGUUCAUUAACAAACAUAAAGUACAAGUUUGAAGAGGGGAAAAAGGAAGGUGAAGAGAGACAAAAGCGUGUUUUAAAACCAGCUAUUGCUUUGCAGGAACAUAAGCUUAAGAUGCCUCCAGCCUCCAUGAGGCCUUCAACAUCAGAAAAGGAGCUGUGUAAAAUUGCAGAUUCCUUUUUUGGAACAGAUACUAUUUUGGAAUCUCCAGAUGACUUUUCUCAACAUGAUCAAGAUAAAAGUCCCUUAUCUGACAGUGGCUUUGAAACAAGGAGUGAAAAAACGCCAUCAGCCCCACAAAGUGCAGAAAGCACAGGGCCCAAACCACUUUUCCAUGAUGUGCCCAUCCCUCCUGUUAUUACAGAAACAAGAACUGAAGUAGUUCAUGUUAUCCGCAGCUAUGAACCGUCAUCAGAAGAAAUUCCAGAGCAGAAAGCAGAAGAGCUACCAGCUGUGAAACCUGCCUCUACAUUUAUGGAGCUGGAGCAAAAACCUACUGGAUCUAUUAAAGAAAAGGUUAAAGCAUUUCAAAUGAAAGCCAGCAGCAGCGAAGAUGAUGAUCACAAGUGUGUCCUUAGCAAAGGUGUCCGAGUAAAAGAAGAAACUCAUAUCACUACAACAACCAGAACGGUAUAUCAUAAACCUCCAUGCACUGAAAGCACAUCCGAAAGAAUUGAGGAAACAAUGUCUGUUCAUGACAUAAUGAAAGCCUUUCAGUCUGGACGUGACCCUUCCAAAGAACUGGCAGGUCUGUUUGAACAUAAAUCAUCAGUAACAUCAGAGGUUAGCAAGUCUGCUGAAACUUCACCACCACAUGCAGAGAAGGACAGCAAAAUGAAACCCAAAUUGGAGCGAAUAAUAGAGGUCCAUAUUGAAAAAGGUAAUCAGGCUGAACCUACUGAAGUCAUUAUUAGAGAAACAAAAAAGCAUCCAGAAAAAGAAAUGUAUGUAUAUCAGAAAGACUUACCUCGGGGAGAUACUAACUUAAAAGAGUUGGAAAAACAUGAUGCUUUUCCUUGUUCAGAUGAACAAGGUCAGCAAGAAGAAGAAGAGCUCACAGCUGAAGAGUCACUUCCUUCUUAUCUGGAGUCUUCUAGAGUGAACACUCCUGUGUCCCAGGAAGAAGACAGUCGCCCUAGUUCUGCUCAACUCAUGUCUGAUGACUCUUACAAAACACUGAAGCUUUUGAGUCAGCACUCAAUAGAAUACCAUGAUGAUGAGUUGUCAGAACUAAGAGGGGAGUCUUACAGGUUUGCUGAGAAAAUGCUUCUUUCAGAAAAGAUAGAUGUGUCUCAUUCUGAUACUGAGGAGUCAGUUACUGAUCAUGCUCUACCCCUUAGUUCAGAGUUACAGGGGUCUGAUAAACGAUGCAGAGAAAAAGUAGCUACUGCCCCCAAAAAAGAGAUACUCUCCAAAAUCUAUAAAGAUGUAUCUGAGAAUGGUAUAGGUAAAAUGUCUAAAGAUGAUCAUUAUGAUAAAGUGACAGUGUUACACUAUACUGGAGAUGUUAGUAGUCCAAAACAUGCAAUGUGGAUGCGCUUUACUGAGGACAGAUUAGAGAGAGGUAGAGAAAAGUUGAUAUAUGAAGACAGGGUGGACAGGACUGUUAAGGAAGCAGAAGAAAAACUCACUGAAGUAUCACAGUUUUUUCGGGAUAAAACAGAGAAGUUGAAUGAUGAGCUACAGUCUCCAGAGAAAAAGCAGCAUAAAAAAAAUGGCAAAGAGAUACAUUCUAGCCAGAGCUCUGCCAGCAGCAGCCCUGAGAAGGUUCUGCACUCUGAAUUACCGGCUUCCAGUGACGAAAGGAGUAAGGUGAAACAGUACAGCCUUGAUGGGAAAUGCUUUCCCAAAAUGGAUGAAAGAAAAGCUUCCAGCUUGCCCAGCAGUCCUGAGAAAAGGAUUUUUGUGCAACAAACAGAGGACUCUAAACAACCUAUGGAACACACAGGAAGUGCUGAGCAGACUGGAAUACCUGAAGUUGCACAGACUGGAUUUCAGCUGAAGCAAUCAAAGCUCAGUUCCAUUAGGCUUAAAUUUGAACAGAGUAUAAGUCCAAAGAGUAAGGACCAAACUCAAGAAGAAAAAAAGCUGGAUGGUCAAUCCAGAAUUCCAGUAAAGAAAAUGCAAGAAAGUAAGUUACCAGUGUAUCAGUUCUAUUCUAGAGAAAAGCACCCAAGGCAAGUAGAUCUCGUGGAUGGGAGCACAGCUUUACAGAAAGAGGUGAAAAUACAGGAAGAUUUUGCUCCAGGUAAAGGAAAAGUUAUGGAAGACUUUUGUACUUCAGAUACACAAAAGCAAAGAACUGAAACGAGUAAAAGUGUGCCAGAAUACUUUUCGGAACAGCAGGCAAUAGACCUGGUGUACGGCUCAGACGCAACAAUGAAGGGGCACUGGGACAAAAAAAUCUAUAGGACAUGGGAAAGUCCUGGAACUUCUAAUCAUAAAACACAAAAAGAAAAACUCUCACAUGUACUGGUUCCAGAUACAGUGAAAGAAAACCAUGUUGAUCAUGCUGAAGCUAAAACUGACCAAAAAAGUGAAUUUAUCACUGUGACAGAACACAAAUUGGCAGCAAAUGGAAUUCAUUCAGAAGAAGUGAAGGAACUGACUGUAAAAUCUCCCUCAAAAAAGGUUCUAUACAGAGAAUUUGUUGUCAGGGAGGGGGAGCAUAAUGGUGAAAUGGCUGAUAAAACAUCAAAAAGGAAAGAAGAAUUCAGUGUGUCCCAUAUUCCAGUCAGGAUUGUAGAGGAGAAGAGGACCACGGUGAAUGGUGUCUAUGAACUUUCAGCUAAAGUAUCCCAAUCAGCUGUAAUUAAGGAGAAAGUUGAGAGGCAGUUUGAUUAUGUGGAAGAUGAAAAAGGAAAGCAUUCAGAAAUCAGAAGAGUUACCAAGCAACAGAGCUCAAUAGGUUUAAGUCCUCAUGUUGAGGAAACUGAGAUAUCCCCUAGCAAAUCACCAGAUUCUUUAGAGUUUAGUCCAGGAAAGGAAUCUCCUUCAAGUGAGUUAGUUGACUUUGGUACAAGUGAUUACUUGGAUAAAGUUGCACCUUCAGUAAGUACUGAAGGAGUGAAAGAAAUUAAGACUUUACCUGUUUAUGUCAGUUUUGUUCAAGUAGGAAAGCAAUAUGAGAAAGAGGUGCAACAAGGAAAUAUAAAAAAAAUUAUCAGUCAGGAGAGUAAGACUGUGCAAGAGACGAGGGGGGCAUUUUACACAGCUAGACAGCAAAAACAACCUCCUUCUCCACAAGGUAGUCCAGAAGAUGACACACUAGAACAAGUGUCCUUUAUAGAUAGCUCUGGUAAAAGCCCUUUAACACCAGAGACACCAAGCUCAGAGGAAGUGAGUUACGAGUUUACAUCUAAAACGCCCGACUCACUAAUAGCCUAUAUACCAGGCAAGCCUAGUCCUAUACCCGAGGUAUCUGAGGAAUCGGAGGAGGAAGCAGAGGCUAAGUCAUCCUCUGUAAAGCAGGCAGAAGUAGAGGAACCACAACCUGAUAAAAUAUUACCUAAUCAUAUAAAUAAGGACUCUAACAAAAGACCAAAAGGUAACAGAGUUGCCUACAUCGAAUUCCCUCCUCCACCACCACUGGAUGCAGAUCAAGCUGAGUCAGAAAAGAAGCCCCAUUACUCCACUGAAAGCGAAAUGGAGAUGAUAGAAGUAAACUUGCAAGAUGAACAUGACAAAUGCCAGCUGGCUGAGCCAGUCAUAAGAGUACAGCCACCAUCUCCUGUGCCACCAGGAGCAGAUGUCAGUGACUCUAGUGAUGACGAAUCUCUCUAUCAACCUGCUCCACUUAAAAAGUAUACAUUCAAACUAAAAGAAUUGGAAGAGGAUCAAAAGGAAUCAUCAAAACCUAGAGCCCCCGAAAAGAUUGAGAAACAGAAAGAGUUAGGACAUCCCACUUCUGGGAAACCUAAUGAGUUUGACAUUGGGCUUGAUUCACCCCAGAAUGAUGUAGUGCAAAAUGGGAAUAAUGACCAGUCUGUCACAGAGUGUUCCAUAGCAACCACUGCAGAAUUCUCCCAUGAUACCGAUGCGACUGAGAUUGACUCUCUUGAUGGUUAUGAUUUACAAGAUGAAGAUGAUGGUUUAACUGAGAGUGAUUCUAAACUUGCAGGUCCGGCAGUUGAAACCAAAAAGGAUGUAUGGACUACAGAAGGCAUUUUAAAGCAGACAGACCGCUGCUUUAGCCAGAGUAAGCUUGAAGUCAUUGAGGAGGAAGGCAAGGUAGGCCCUGAAGAAGACAAGCCGCUUUUGAAAGGUCCAGCUUCUGAAAAGACUGGAGAUAAGAGUGAACAGAAGUCAGGGGCACAGUUUUUCACUUUGGAAGGCAGACACCCUGACAGGACUGUAUUUCCUGAUACAUAUUUCAGCUACAAAGUAGAUGAAGAAUUUGCAACACCUUUUAAAACCGUGGCCACCAAGAGUCUAGAUUUUGAUCCAUGGUCCAAUAACCGAGGUGAUGAUGAAGUGUUUGAGACUAAAUCAAGGGAUGAUGAGGCUAAGCCAUUUGGUCUGGCAGUGGAAGACAGAUCUCAAGCUACAACACCUGAUACAACUCCAGCCAGAACUCCAACAGAUGAAAGUACGCCAACUAGCGAGCCCAACCCCUUCCCAUUUCAUGAAGGGAAGAUGUUUGAGAUGACUCGCAGUGGUGCAAUUGACAUGAGCAAGAGGGAUUUUGUUGAAGAAAGACUCCAAUUUUUUCAGAUUGGUGAGCAUACUUCUGAAGGGAAGUCAGGGGACAAGGGGGAAGGGGAUAAAAGUACAGUCACUGCCAUCACACAGCCACAGGCAGGGGACAACACUGUAGAAACAAACCUAGAGAGACCAGUAGAAACAACUGCAGUUGAAAAUAAGCCCAUCAUCCAGGCCAGUGGAGAUUGCAUGGAAGCAACACUUGGUAGUAACUCACUGGAAAAAUCAUCGUCAGCGGUAAAUGCUUCUAAAGUUGAUCCUAAAUUGCGCACACCAAUUAAAAUGGGAAUUUCUGCUUCCACCAUGACUCUGAAGAAAGAUGGCCCUGGCGAAGUGGCAGAUAAGAUAGAAGCUGUGAUGCCAAGUGGUCAGGGAUUAGAAAAUGAAACUGUAGCAGUGAUUGCGAGUUCAGCUACUAGCCAGACGAGCUGUAGGCAAACAGAAAACACUGAUUUUCCAAAAGAUAAUUUUAAUAACAACAACAAUUUGGAUUCAUCUGCUGUCCAUACAGAUAAUAUUACCUGUAACGUAGUGCUAAAAGAACAUUCGGAACCCAAAUGUUCCAUACAGAAAGCUAGCCAAAUGAAAAGCACGACAGGAAAAGGUACAGGGACAACACAAGGACACAGAAUGAAAGAUAAGCAAAAAGUACAUGGAGACCAGCAAAAGUCAACAGAGGUGGUAGGGACUAGAGCAAAAUCAAAACUUCCUGUAAAGGCCAGCUCAGUAAAAGAAGUCUUUCCACAAAAUACUCUUCAAAGCAAUGUAGGGAGAAAAGCAGGACGGGCUAGUAAGCCCGACAAAGCAAGAGAAAAUAAUUCUUCUCCCUGUCUAGAAGUUAGGUCUAGAAUUCCAGUAAAAAAUACACAUAGGAAUAAUUUAGCUAGAAAAACUCCAGCCCUGCCAAAACAAGAGCAGGUAGAGAAAGGAAAAGCAAAACAGCUUCCUUCUAAAUUACCAGUAAAGGUAAGAUCUACCUCCGUCACAGUGACAACAGUUAAAGUAAAGAAAAAUCAGCUUAGGGAGGUAUGUAAACAUUCUAUCGAAUAUUUUAAGGGAAUUAGUGGUGAGACAUUAAAGCUUGUGGAUCGUCUAUCUGAUGAAGAGAAAAAGAUGCAGUCAGAGGUCUCUGAUGAUGAAGAAGACAGUACAUCAAGAAACACAUCAUUGUCAGAAGCUACUCAAGUUUACCAGCCUUCCAUUACAUCGAAGUCUGCUAGAGAUAUGAGAACAGAGGCAGCAUCUAUAAAAUCAAAGAUUGAAAAGGCCGACAGUGAGAGGAGGAGGAGUAAGAGGACUGGUCCCCAGAGUCCAUGUGAACGGACCGAUAUAAGGAUGGCAAUUGUAGCCGAUCAUCUAGGACUUAGCUGGACAGAACUGGCAAGAGAACUGAAUUUUUCUGUGGAUGAAAUAAAUCAAAUCCGAGUAGAAAAUCCAAAUUCCCUUAUUGCUCAGAGCUUCAUGUUAUUAAAAAAAUGGGUUACCAGAGAUGGGAAAAAUGCUACAACUGAUGCCUUAACCUCUGUAUUGACAAAAAUUAAUCGAAUAGAUAUUGUGACCCUGUUGGAAGGACCAAUAUUUGAUUAUGGAAAUAUUUCAGGCACUAGAAGCUUUGCAGAUGAAAAUAACGUUUUUCAUGAUCCCAUUGAUGGUUGGCAGACUGACUCGUCAAGUGUCACUGAACCACCGACUUCAGGACGCAGAAUAGGUGGUAGUCUGCUCGAUCAGCUGGAUGAUAGCCUGGACCAAUGCAGGGAUUCUGCUACUGCCCGUGUUAAGGGAGACGCAGGGAAACUGGAAGUGAAUGGGAGCCUCUCCAAAUCCACAGCGGAUGCAAAAGCCAAACCUUAUGUCCAAGAAUCUUUAAAUGAUGUGGGAAAACAGAGUGACAGAGAAGCCCUGAAAACAAAACCACACAUUUCAGCUGCUACUGAUGAGGAAACAUUAUCAUCAACAGCAUAUCAGAAAUCUUUGGAAGAGACGAGCAAGCCCACAACAGACGGCAUCAAAACAUCUGUGCCUGUCAGUGUGAAGAAGAUGAGCUGGAGUACGUCGGAGGAUGGCAAGCCGAGAACAAGCAUCCAGGAGGAGGAGGCAGCAGUAACGUCUGAGCAGAAGCAGGGAGAAGGUUAUAAGGUUAAGACAAAGAAGGAAGUCAGACACGUGGAGAAGAAAAGUUAUUCAUGAAAGCCGAACGCCGAACGAACUGUGCGCUUUAACUGCCAGUAUGCUAGAAGGACACUCACAGAAGAAAAAUCAACAGGAAUUAAGCAUUCACCUAUAAAAGUGUGCGUGUGUUUGCUGCUUCCACACAUUAACCGCAUGGUUUUUAUGCAAAAACAAAACAAAACAAAAAAAAAAAAAAACAAAAAAAUUAAUUUAGCAUGAGCCAAUUUACAGAGCAUGGAAAUUCACUUUCAUUCACAGGAUUGGAGAGUGUGCAAUUAACAAUGCAGUGUAUAUACCAGAUGCCAUGCUGUUAACAGCUUAUUUCAAGCAGUUUGAUGUCAUCACAAAAGAAAUAAAUUCCUGUGGCCAGAGGGGAUUUAAGAAGAUGAAAUGGUUAAACUAUGGAAAGACACUAAAAUUACUAAAAUCCACAACAGCUCGCCUUAUUUUUCUUGGACCCAAACUGUCAGGGUAUAAAACACUAUUUGUUUCUUUUUUAAACAUCAAUAGUUUUGCUGUAAAUAAAUAACACUGUAUAAAUUCUAACAAAAUAGAAUAAAUGUUGAUAAGGCACUGCCUUCUUGAUCACAAAGAGUAUUGCAAAUGCGUUGAGCAAGCUAGGUGUCUCAGAUGGCUACACCUACCGGGAUAUUCUGGGUGUAUCUUCACAGAUUCUUGUAUAUUAGCAAUUAUAAUGUUUGUAUAUGCAAAAAUGCUAGCUUGAUUUUAAAAAAAUCUUUAAAAUCUGCUGCAAAUUUAAAUGAUUCCCAAAAUGAGGAAUUCUGUAGUUCUGUGAAAAUUUUUCUUCAGAGUACUAAUAUUUUGAUGCAUGUGUUUCACCUUAUUUUGAUUAAAUCUUUUCCAGUUUUGCAAACACUAUACUGCAACAUGAGAAAAUAAGAUUUUAUCUGUAAACACAAAGCCCUUCAUCUAAUAUUUGUUGCUGUUGCCAAUUUUUCAAUGAAAUGACCUAAAACCCAUAACAUAUACAGUAGUUGCAUUAUGGGGAGGGGGGUGCUAUCUGUUCUCGCUUUAUAACAGGGGUAAUGCUUGCAGCUUUAGAAGUGGGUUGGUGCUCUAAUGAGCACAGGUUUGGGAUCUUUUUAAAUGAACUGAAGAGAAAUUAUUAGCUAAUAGACUGGCAGCACGCUGUAAAAUUAUUACUGUAUUGUGUACUGGCUAUAAGAUGUAGAAUCUUUCAGUAAGCCAAUCAUCUGUAAUCAUCCUAGCAGUGUAAUAUUAGGUUGUUAAGGCUGCUGUGUUUUAAAGGGCAUUUUUAUUUGGGUUUUGGUGAAAUCCUUUAAUUUGUCGAUUAUAUUCAUAUGGAAACAGCAUUCAUUGAUAAUAGCUCUAAUUACAUAUGUAUGAAAACAACAAACACUGGAUGAUCUAGUUGAUUAUUUAAGCAUAAAAUAAAUUGUGUUAAAACUCUGGGGUAACGUGUAUUUUGCAGUGUUAUUGUACCCGAUGUAACUGUGUCUUCAGCACAUCAGCCAGUAAUUACCGCUGGCUUCUUGCUCCUUUUCCUCUCCGUCCCUUUCGCGUGAGCCGCCUCCUCGGCUUCCCCGUGCGGGCGGGCGGCCGCCCCUCGGCCGGCUUUCCCCGCAGCAGCCGUCGCCCCCGCCGCAAAGCUAAGGAAAGGCCACCUCCCCGCGACGGAGGAGGCUCCUCGGAAGCGGCGCUGCAGCGCACCUUUUCCCUCCUGAGGAUACUGCGGCGCAAAGCUGGCAGCUCCCGUCCCUGCCGGAGCGUUUGGAGGGCCGAGCCAAGACGAGCAGCGACUCCGGGACCUCGCCAAGCAGACGCCUCCUGCCCUGGCAUCGCGCACGCGAGGGAGGAUGCUUUCAGCACGCGCCGGCAGCUGCCAGCGGUCAGCGUUAGGCCGCGGGUUUGGCGGUCGGCAGCGGCGGUGACCAGCCGCGAGAAGGCGCGAGGAGCCGGCACCGGUGGCGGCAGCAGGGAGAGGCGAGGCGAGGUGCCGGCCCCGGCCGCCGCGCAUCCCUCCGGCGGCUCCCGCCAGGUGCCCCGGCCUCGCGGCUGCUUGCGGCCCCAACGGGGACGGAGUCGAUGUCGAAACGGCAACUGUACAGCUAGAUUUCCAGAGCUCAAAGCUGCCUGCUAAAUGUUGCACAAACAUAGGGUUUUCUAGGUGUUGCUUUAGUUUGAAUGCUUUGAUUCAAGCACUAGUUCAGGACGUUUAGGAAAAAACAAGGUGGCAGCUAUUCUUUUAAAAGAAAACAGAAAUCCUUCCUGUAAGAGCAAAUGCUGCAGACAGCCCCAGAGCGAGAGCUUUACCCUUAAUACGUGCUUUUGUCUUUUUUCCUAUUUUCUCCAACGAGAACGUGCUCCGUACAGGCAAAAUUGUAAGUCAUGGGAUUUUAUUGCAUCUGUUCAAAUUGCUGACUGCUGCAUUCUUCUUAGCCUUUGACUUCUGCUUCGGUACUACCUGCUAGCGACGCUGCAAAGAAUUUGGCCGAGCUCCUCCCGUUGUUCAAGGAGCGUCAAACGCGUCUUAUUUGUGGCCAGUAACAGCUGUAACGUCAGAAAUUCCUAGAGCUCCUGCAGUGCUGAGAUGACAUUAGCAGGAUAAAUGGCUUUCGCUUGCGGGAUUGCAGCACCCCACUAAUUAAUGCUAAUUUCCUGGAGGACUGUUUAAUGCAGGCUUUUGCCUGCAGCAGGCACCACGAGGGAAGGGCGCCAGGCCCCGUUUGGUUGGAUUUGGGGGAAAGCGCGGCGGUUUUCUGCUCGUCCCACAGCAGUGACAUGGACGCAGGAGUAGAGAAGAGGCAGAUGGGAAACUUGGGUCCAGCCUGCUACAGAGUCCAAGUGCUUUACAUAAAAAAUGCAUGAGAAAAGGGUUAGCAAAGGACAGAAAAAAUUAGUUGCUCAAGGAAACUCGAUGUAUGUGCCACGUUUCUCAUAACUGCUGAUGCUAAAAACAGGCUGCUAAUCAUGCAUGGCUCUAUUUAUUUGACCCUAAAUCCUGGAGGAAGGCGAAGAUUUAUAAUAAAAGUUUUAUUGGUACUUUUCCCAUCACGCUAAUGUUCAAUUAUUGAGAGCCAGUUGGUCUAUAAAACAGCAACGCAGAGCGCCCGCUGUUCACCGGCUUCCUUGGACGGCGUCCAGGCGUUGCGUAUCGUUACGGCACAGCCAGAACAACAGAACAAACCUGUUACGAAUCUGACAAAACUUCCUGGGAAAGGAAGGACACAAAGGAAAAGCCCAAGAGCAGAAGAUGCAUUAGCUGCUGGAUUGCUCCCGCGUGGCAAAUUUUCAUAAUUGUAGAGUCCGUCCUCCAGAGAGAUUUCUUUCCUAAUGCAGGUUUCUGAUUAAAUAAUUGUCGGUUGGAAGAAAAAGCGGCAUAUUUGGUUAUUUUAGUCUGAAUUGUUUCUUAGAAAACAUGUCUCAUUCUGCAUCAAUAGACAGCUUAACCCGUUAUAUUGGUGAACAGGGUUUCUUUCUGUUCAUACAAAUGUUUUUCAGAUCGUAAGCUUUUCCCCUGUAACCCUGCUUCCACAGCGGCAAGUCUCUACAUCUACCAGCGGCCUUCUCAGCGGACUGUUCUCCUGUACACAGAUCACACUCUUUUAGUACUGCUUCAGCUUGCUUUCCUUUUUUCCCCCUGUUUCAGUCAGGUACUCUGAGUACUGUACAGGAAUGUUCCUGGGGUUAAUUAGCUUCCAUUAGUCUUAUAUCUUCUCGGUCUCUAACUACUGAAUAUUUUAAUGAAAUUGUAUUGUUAUAGAAGUUCUUCCAGCUGAUUAAUGGACCUCUGGAAUUACUUUAAGGAUUUUAUUAAAUCUCUGAACAUACCUAUUCUAAGCCAUCAUCAUGACUACCACUGUAUUUUAUACAAAUAUUUCUACUGUUGAUGUGAGUUUGUGAAAUACUGUUUCUAAUUGCCCAUUACCUCCUGUAAUGAUAGUUUCUGCUAAGAAAUUCCUGCCUUUUUAUUGCUGCUCCUGGAUGUGAAGACCUCCGCUGGUGCUAUGGAGGCUUUAACAGCCCUUUUUUGGACCAACUCUCCCCUCCACCCUUACAGGUAUGUUUACGACUGCUACUCCUGAACACCUUAAGUCUUCAAAGAGGGUUUUGCUAAUUGUGCUUAUAGUAUUUGUGCUUUUUAAUUGGUUUGGUUGACGUUUUGCUGAUGUGCGAAGCAUACGCUGGGGUUUUGAGGGUGCUAAUUAGGGUAGCGCGCUCUCUCCCUUUUUAAUCCAUUGACCCGGGGCAGGCGGGUGGCCUUGCACUCAGGCGCGCGGGUGCUGUUUCCGAAGCGACUCGGAGGCUUCGGGGAGAAGCAGGGCGCCGUCUCCGAGGCGAGCGUCACGGGCGCCGGGCGUCACUCCCGCUCGGCCGCCCCCGCCUCCCUCUCGGGCCGUCCCGGGCGGCGGCGGGGAUGAGCCGGGCGCCGUCUCGGCACGGCUUCGAACCGCAGGGCGCCAGGAAGCGCCGAGGUGCAGCGGGGAGAGGCCAGCAGCGAGCCUGGGGCAUAUCUAAAAUGAGACAUGCAUUAAUAUACCUUAAUUUAAAGCAGUUUUACAGGAGUACAGAGGCCUGAAUUAACAGGCCGCGUAGCGGGGCUUCGCUGAAGUGCUCUGUCAGUAUCAGGGCCUUUGAACGAGGCUUUGCGUUCGCUCUGGGCUCGGCAGGACGGCGUGAAGCCCGGCCUCUCCGUGAGCCCGCUGCAGUAACUCUGCUCUUGCCGGGGGAAACCCCCCAGACCGGCUGCGGUUCGAUCUUCUGCCGGAUUUAAAUGCUUGUAUUAUUCAAGCUGCUUGCGGAAGCCGCGGCAUGCUCUGCAACACCGGCCUCAGCUAUCUGAUUAUAAACCUAAUUUCAUCGCAAUCUGCUUACAGCAGCCAGCAGCAGAAUUCCCUUUACUGUAUGUAAGAUGUAUUCCAGGAAAAGCAGAUCGCUUUCCACACCUCAGAAAAUGAUGCUGAACAUAAAGCAACUAUUUUGGAAAGGAUUUUUUCUCCCUCUUUCUAGUCCCUGUGCGUUAUCAGAUCUGGACGAGGAAAAUGCUUCCAACUCCGCCAAGUACUCAGGCGGGAGAUUGAUGCGAUGAAGACCUUUUGCCCUCUCUCUUCCGGAGAGGCUCGGUGCAGGCUCUUCCGGAGCGCUCUCAGGUGCGAAGCAGCCCGCCCGGACGCAGAGAGCAGAGGGGGCUCAGCAAACGCAGCACCUACAGCAGGAACGGCGAGGAGGACCCGGCCACCCGCCCUCGGCCUGCUGCACCCUCACGCGCUGGGGGAGGGAAAGGGUUUUCCACCGCCAACCGGUGCUGUUUGCAGGCUCUGCUCGAACAAGUCUUCUCUCUCGCAUAUUUUACUCAAAUUCUUGCAUCUGAACAACCAAAAGGAGUAAUUUAGCGGUAUGGUGGAGCUCGUGGUGCCCCUCAGUGCAGUAAUGGCAGUUUGUGCAUGAACCGAUACGGUGCUUGGCACUUUGCUCACUCGCAUCACUUCUAGAGGAAGCUGAAAACCGGUAUGCUUCUUCGGGUCUUUUUCUUUUUUUUGAAAUAGUAGUAAAAAAGCACUAUUUAAAAUCAACAACUUUGCCUCAGCAAAAGUAUGGUUUUUUCGAACUCGCUCAAACACGCAGAUUGCACUACGUAUGAGCUCAACACUGGCAUAAUUUAUCAGGGCACUAAUAUUUUUUCUUAAUGCUGAGUGAACUGUUACUCUUUUGAAGCUUUACAGAUGCCCCUUCAAGGGAGUCAAGCAGCUGAAAGCAACGCGGACGCUGUGCCGUCGGGCCCGCUUAGGGGGCAGGCGGUCGCGGACGCCGGAACGGGCAGCCCGCAGGGUGCCCUGCCGGGGGGCAGCGCCGGCGCUGCGGGAAAGCCUCGCCUGGGGAAGCCGGAGCAACGCGAAUCCGAAACGCGCAGCAGCCAGAUCCGCUGUAACCUAGUGCUGAAUAAAGCGGAAGGAAUGCUGUUAAA